AUGACUUUUGUAACCUCCUCAACCACAACUUUGGCUCAAAAAUGGCGCGACACUGCCAAUCGCUACUCCGACUCGGAGGACUCGCAACACGAGGAUGCUGGUGUUAGCGGGUUGACAGAAUCCGUGGAAGACCUACUUGACUGUACGUUGCCAACCAAACCUUCGAGCCUCGCACUAAAUGGAUUUUCCAAAGGCGCUCACCGGUUUCCUGUCAUGGAGACUGAUAAGGAGGAUGAAAUCCUACAGCCAAUGCUUUCCGAAUGCAGCUGCGAAGCGUCUACCUCCUCCUCCAUAGACUCCACCUCUUCGCACAGUCUGAAUUCGGCGCUAGUCUCGCCCGCAACCCCAAAUCCCGACAUAGCGUGGCCGCGGAUGACUCCACGUGUGGUACAAAUCACCGAACCCGACCACAUGCUGCGCCCAACCCUCAGACCUAGUCCAACUCGAAUGACCGACUCAAUGCGAAGGUGGUCGGCAAUGUCUGUCACCUCUACCGGUACGAUAGUACCAGCAAUGGACGCGACAAAUUGUGAUUGCACAUCGCUAGCAUGGGCCGCCUUUAGGUCGCCAGCGUCAGUGAGAAAACGACAAAGGCGUGAUCGACCGAGUGAUGAUUCCUACAGGAAAAUUUCAAGUUCAAAGACUGGGAAUUCAUCGACGGAUUCAGGGCUUGGCUCUUCGUCAGGUUCCGAAGACAGCCAUUCUGGAGUGUCAAAUGUGACGGCCAAACCUCCGAUUGUCAGGAAAAGACGACGAAGAUCGUUGAGUGUAAUAUUUGGAUCAAUGAUGAGGUUAAUGAUUAAUCCUUCGUCGGUUAAAAAAGCUUCGAAGUCUGAUACUAAUUUAAAUGCAAACAACUUGACACAGGUAAUUAUUUUUUUGUAAUUUCGAUCGUUUUUAAAAUUUUAUUAUCGUUUUUAAAUCUUGACUUAUAGUUUUUUGCUCUUUAAUAGCCUAUCGACUUUUGAAGCCAUUGUUUGAGUAUUUAAAUUUUGCAAUUAAACCUCAUUUUUGCAAGAGCAAUUUGUCGGUCCCACAGUUUGGGUGGUCUCUAGUCCUCAAAACGUAUUUGUCAUAUCGUUUUUAAAAAGUGUUAGCACAGUGUUCGAACCGGAAAGGCACGAUAACGAGCCCUCUAGACGUUAUAGUGAUUGAAUAAAAAUCCUACUGGCUCACUGAUUUUUUUUGCUUGUCCGUGGUUCUCUCCCACGCUUCCUGUCUCUUAUCACGAGAAGCCGGCUCUCUAAUCAGCGAACUCAACUCUGUCUGUAUGUGGGACUCUCAUAAGUUUAUCUUCACCACUACUCACUGUUAAUACGAGUUCCUUUAAUUAUUUUUCUCUUUGUCAUUAUGAGUCUGAUAAGUUAGUGUUCUCUAUCAUUGUUGGCUUAAGGAUAGUCUUUUCUUUAUCACUAUAUGCUUCUUCAUCAUAUCUAUUCUAUGACAAUUCCUCUCAAAAACUUGUGUUUCUCAAUUGAAUCGAACUCUCUCAUAACACAUCGUCUCGCUGGCCGGAGGGCCUGUUGUGUGUGUGUGAGGUACGUGGCCGAAAUGCCAUCGAUCUUGGAGAUAUCCGUGGAAAAAAGGUUUUUUGUUAAUCUUUAUUUGCCACGACUUUUCGGCUUAUUCUUUUCGUCAAUUAUUUUUUGUUUCGCACUUUGAUCGUUGAGCUAACGUGCAGUUGGGAUCAGUGCGGAGGUUUCUAUCUAAAUAUUGGUAGAUUUAUACACUAAUUAUACCUAAACUUAGGUUUUUCUAUACUUUAUUAUUGUCGAAAAGACUUUUUAAGCCUAAUAUUCUUGGAUGUUAUUAGGCGUUCUUAUCUAAAAAGCUGUUUUAGUCCGCAUUUUUUGAGUUUUCAAAGCUAUUUUUAAGUUUUUGAAGCUAUUACUCAUCCAUUUAUUUUUGAUUUCUACUAGAAUCUUUAAAGGAUAGUUAUACUGAACAUUCUUCAAACUUUAUACUUCAUUGGCUUUGAUCUACUAAAGCCAAUGAUCAACAAAACCCCCAUUACGUAAGGCAUGUGAUGGUUGUAGCCCUGUUAACGGACUGGGUUCCUAACCCUGACAUCCUGGCGUCUUCUUCAGGAUCUUCAGAUUUCAAAAACCUCACUUUACCCAAGAUCUCAACUAGUCGCUACGGGUCUUCAUAUUCCUCUAAAAGUUAUUCUGAAUCUAAUGGAACGAGUUAUUCUAAAAGUUCUAAUAAUGGUUAUUCAAAAGCUGAUUCUUACUCCGGUAGUAAGAGCUAUGGUUCGAACCGUGGAUCAAGUUUGUACUCUAAAACAUACAAUGGAUCCAAUAAUUCAUUAGGCUCUUAUAACGUCGGGUCUAGUUCGUAUAAAGAAAGUUUGAGCACGUAUAAAGAUACUUCUAGCUCGUACAAGCCUUCGAGUUCAUAUAGCUCUAAUACGAAGUCAUAUUCUUCUAAAGAACCCUACAGCUCUAGUUCGAGCUCAUAUUCCUCUAAAGAAACCUAUAGCUCUAACCCAAACUCGUAUUCUAAAGACUCUUACGAUUCGAGCUCUUAUUUGCCCAAAGAAAGUUACUCUCGAACCACGCCGUCGUUCAUCUCCGUCCGCCAUUUAUGUAAUAAAAAACCGUCUCAAUUAUCAUAUGGGUCCAACAGUUAUUUGACUCCGACCAGCGUGUCCUCGCUCUCCUCAAACAUCCUCACUUCACGUCAUUCACCAGCACCCUCCUCAUUCCUCAACCGAGAAAAGUCCCCAUCCCCAUAUGCAAAUGGGAUUUAUAGUCCACCAAUUCUGUCGAACUCGCUUCGACGACGAAUGAGGUCGAUGGGUUUUGGAACCAGGAAGACUGAAGUAGAAGCAGAAGAAGAGGAGGAAGAAGAAAAGGAUGAGGAAUAUGAGGAGGAAAGUGAGUAUGAGGAUGAGAGUGAGUACGAGGACGAAGAGGAAUGGGAAACGGAGUCAGAAGAAGCAGAAGAGAUUGAGGAUAAGGUUUGUCUGGUCUUCUUAGGGAUCAUUUGUCUUUUCGUAUGUUUAAUAUUAGUAUAAAAGCUUGUUUUUUUUUAAUUUUGAAAAAAGAAAUCUUUGGAAAUAUUUUUAUUAGUUCAUUUUGAAUUUUAAAAAUGACCUUUUUUUGAGAAAUUGAAGCGAUUUUUUUUUGGUUUUUGCUUAUAAAAAGCAAGAGAAAUUUAAAAUAUAUUUUAAAAAAUGUUAUACUCGGGUAACACAGACAAAUUCAAAUAUUUUCCAAUUAUUCAAUUAGCAAAUAUUGUUUAUUUUCUCAAUUUUUAUAAUUGUUUUCCCCAAAGCAAUUAACGUAAAGACGAAAAUUAAUAAUUUUCACAGGAAAUAGGUUGUAAAAACAUUAACUCUGGCAAGUAAAGUUAACUUUACUACAGUAGAAACUGUAAUACAUUAUUUAUUUUCAAAGAAAUUAAAGCAUUUUAUGGAUUUUUCAAAAAGAAUUAAAAAAUUUUUUUUUAUUUUGAAGUUUUCAAAAAUAAAUUUUUGGUUUCUACGUCAAAUCAUAUGACAUUACCAUAGUAUAUACUAUCAUAAUCAACUCAAUCAUUUGCAGAACGAUUUGGGCGCAUUUUCGCCGAAAUGGCGCGGCGACGACGCCAACGAGGCCAGCCCGUUGUCGCGGCUGUCCCAGGAGAACGUGGCCAAACUCGCGACCUUCGCAGCGGACACGAAACCCACUUUCACGUAAGUGCCCCUAGCCAAUAUUUAUUGCAUUUGUUUUGGCACACUUGAGCGUUUUAUAGUGUUUAUGGUUUUGGUACGGGUUUUGGAGGGCUUCGAACGAAUUUCGUGGAUUUUUUUAAAGAUUUUGAGGUUUUUUUGGAAAUUUCAGUUUUUGGGGUUUGGGUUAGUAUUAAUAAAUGGUUUGCGUUAGUUUCCAAAAAAAAUUUUUUUGAAUUUUUGAAAUUUUUUUCAAAAUUUCAAUUUUUUCUUAUAAUUUUCACAUAAAAUUAGGUCAAAAAUGAAGUUUUUGAAAGUUUUAUAGCAUUAGUACACUGUGAUCUCUAGUUAUUUCUAAUUAAAAGUUACAAAAUGAAGAUUUUGAAAGUCUAGGUAUAAUCCUGCCAAGACUGUAGAUUACCGGCCGUCUUGGAAAACACAAAAAAUGAAAAAGAUAACAACGUAAUAUCAAAACAUUUAACAUUUUUAAAAAAAAAAUAGAAAAUUUUGCAAGUUUUUAGUAAAUUUUUUACUGUAGGCUUAAGGAACAGUGUUAAAAGGCAUUUUUUAAAGGAAAAAGGUAAUAAAGCGGCAUUUUUAUUGUAAAUUUGUGUUAAAAUAUUAUUUUUGAUAUGAAGAAAGUAUUUUCAGGUCUACGGACACAAAACCCUUCUCACCUCAGAAGCCGGACAUUACUUCAACACCUCAGAAGCGGGAGCCCUUAACGGACUCGUUCCGCUCGGCCAACCUGAAUGAGUCCAACAACACAUCCUUCUCACCCAACAAAACCCUCGACUUUUCCUCUCUAAAACUCUCACCAAUCAAAAACGAAGCCCCAUCUGUACUACCAGCACCAAAACCAUCAAAACCAGAUGUCCUGAAACCAUCAACACAGAAGCCAUCCUUUGCUGGUCGAUACUCGAAUGUGGCACGGUUCCACUUCCCCGGUGGCCAACCAGUACCACAACCAAAGAACGAUGCGGUCAGAGAAACCGUACGACAACUGUUCCACUCACAACCUCAACAAGUUCUUGAGUACAAAGACAUGGACAAGCUCUGUGAAGCCAUCGACAUGGCCGUCUACGCGAAACGACCCAUCUACGAAGCUUGUGUUAGGUUAAGUGGGCAAAAGUUGGUACCAGACACUACCCCCGCUCUCACCUUCAGUCAAUUCCAAACCUACUGGCAACUCAUGACAUUAGAGAAUCAUGACGACGCUUCUCGCUUCAUCUACACAUUAGCUGCGGCCGCUACGGGCGAAAGAAAACCUCGCCAAUACCUGAUAAAGUCAGACUUUAUGAGCAUGUUGAUGGACGUCAUCUACACUUACCCCGGCCUCAAUUUCCUUGUCAAUUCAACACAAUUCCAUUCGAAAUACUGUGAAGUUGUGAUUGUGCGUAUCUUCUGGAACGUGAACCGAUCAUGGUCUGGCCGAAUUACCCCCUUCGAACUCAGGAAAUCAGAUUUCUUACCAACGCUGAAAAUGCUGGAGACCACCAGCGACAUCAACAAGAUUACCGACUACUUUAGCUACGAACACUUCUACGUGGUCUACUGCAAGUUCUGGGAAUUGGACCAAGACCACGACAUGGUGAUCAGUCGCGAAGACAUGAAAAACCACUGUUCCGGGGCCAUCCCCGACGUUGUCAUAGAUCGAGUAUUCAGUGGUGCAGUAGUACGAACAGCGCCAGAAUGUCGAACAUACAAAGGCAAAGGCCCAUGCAGAGAUCAAGCGUUAGAGACGAUUGGCUUUGAAGACUUUGUAGCCUUCUUGUUGGCCGAAGAAGACAAGAAACACCCGACCAGCCAGGAAUAUUGGUUCCGGAUUCUGGAUUUGGACGGCGAUGGAGUGUUGUCGCUGUACGAAAUGGAGUACUUCUACCGCGAGAUUGAGAGGAAAUUGACUCAGCACAACUUUGACACAUUGUCAUUUAAAGACGUCGCUUGUAAUGUGAGUUUUGAUUGAAAAAAAUGGCAUUUAUUGGAGAUUUUUGAAGUUUUAAUCAAAUAUGACGUAUUAUUUUCGUUUAUUGCAAUAUAAAAAAAUAUUUUGGAUAAAAUUUAAAGUCUUAGUACGACAAAUAUAGUAUUAUAAUCAUAAUAGUAAAUUUACUUUUUUAGUUGUUUGAUUCAAUUGCACCAUCAACCACAGGCUGUGUAACACUGAGAGAGUUGAAACAAUGUGGACUAGCUCAUCGCUUCUUUAACACCUUUGUCAACUAUUUGAAGUACUUGGAACAAGAGUCUUCAGAAGGCGAGAGGGCUUCAGUUAAGGUGAGAUUUUGAGGUUUUUGAUUAAAUUCGAUCUUAUCCAUGUUAAAAUUUAUGCUUUUAAUCGGAGAAUGGGGUGUAAAUUACCGGAAACGAAUGGUUUGUGAAUUUCUGGAUUAUAUAAAAUAAAACUAGGUUUAUGAUUUAGUUUUUUUGUAUAAAAAGUUUAUUGUUUUGUCUUCCUUAUUGAAAGUUUUAAAAGAUUUCGUUUUAGACCUCCGGAGACAAAGAACUUUCCGAUUGGGACCAAUACUGUGCAAUGGAAUACGAAAUCCUGAUGAGUGAAACGGAGGAAAGCUAUGCUGAUGAGAAUAUGUAAGUUAUUGAGUUUAAAUUUUUUGAAGUUUUAAUAAAAAAUUUAAAAUUAGACUAAUAAUGUUUGAGGAUUUUUGUGAUUUUGCUAUUGAAACGAUUAUCAGGCACUAUUUUUGUCAUAAAAUGACUUAAAAGAGUUAAUGUUGACUUUUUCUUUUCAGUGAUGUGAUUCUGGACGACGAUGAAGCCGAAGAAGAACAACGUCCCGACACAACGCAUACUUAA